GUGCCUCCCCGGGGCCAAGCCCGCUGUUACCCGCCGUAGACCGUUUUCUCAGCCCCCACAGCCGGCCUAGGAACCAGGUUCCCUGCUGCCCCGGGACGCGAUCGCUCUGUGUCUCCGCGGCGCCGGCCCCCGACAUGCACCUCUACCUUCUCCCGCUGCUCGCGUUGUGGCUUGAGGGCUCCACUGCGGAGGAGCGCAGCUACGGCUUGGGGGGACGCUGGAGCAUCCGCAGCGGCAACGGCUCGCUGGAGCUGUCGGGAGAGGUCCCCGGCUGUGUGCACAGUGCCUUGUUCCAGCAAGGCCUGAUCCAGGAUCCUUACUACAGGUUUAAUGACCUUACCUACAGAUGGAUCUCCCUGGAUAACUGGACCUAUAGCAAGACAUUUAAAAUCCCCUUUGAUAUUAGCAAAUGGCAAAAAGUAAAUUUGAUUUUUGAGGGAGUAGAUACAGUUUCAAAAAUCCUGUUCAAUGACAUCACUAUUGGGGCAACAGACAACAUGUUCAAUAGAUAUAAGUUUGAUAUCACCAGCAUGGUCAGAGAUGUGAACUACCUCGAGGUGCGUUUCCAGUCAGCGCCGUUGUAUGCGGCACAGAAGAGCAGAGCUCACACUCGCUACAAGGUGCCCCCCGAGUGCCCCCCAUCUGUGCAGAAGGGUGAAUGCCAUGUCAAUUUUAUUCGGAAGGAGCAGUGUUCUUUUAGCUGGGACUGGGGACCUUCCUUUCCUACCCAGGGAAUCUGGAAAGACGUUAGAAUUGAAGCCUAUAAUCUUUGUCAUCUGAACUACUUCACCUUUUUCCCGACAUAUGAGACAGAGUCUCACUUCAUUGCCCUGAGUAGAGUGCCAUGGCAUCACACAGCUCACAGCCAUCUCCAGUUCCUGGGCUUAGGCGAUUCUCUUGCCUCAGCCUCCCAAUUAGCUGGGACUACAGAUAACAGUGCCCAGGAGUGGAAUCUUGAAAUAGAGUCUUCUUUUGAUGUUGUUAGCUCAAAGUCAGUGGGUGGUAAAGUGAUCGUAUCCAUUCCUAAAUUGCAAACAAAUCAGAUGUACAACAUUGAACUUCAACCCGGGGAAAGGAUUGUUGAGCUGUUUGUGAAAAUUAACAAGAAUGUUACUGUAGAAACUUGGUGGCCUCACGGACAUGGAAACCAGACUGGGUACAACAUGACAAUUCUUUUUGAAUUGGAUGGAGGCUUAACUAUUGAGAAAUCAGCAAAGGUUUAUUUUCGGACAGUGGAACUUAUAGAAGAGCCUAUCAAAGGGUCUCCUGGUCUAAGUUUCUAUUUCAAAAUUAAUGGAUUUCCCAUAUUUCUGAAAGGCUCCAACUGGAUCCCAGCAGAUGCCUUCCAGGAUCAAGUGACCUCUGACGUGUUACGUCUCCUUCUGCAGUCUGUUGUGGACGCUAACAUGAACACUCUUCGCGUGUGGGGAGGAGGAAUUUAUGAGCAGGAUGCAUUUUACGAACUCUGUGAUGAACUAGGAAUAAUGAUAUGGCAGGAUUUUAUGUUUGCCUGUGCCCUCUAUCCAGCUGAUGGAGACUUCAUUGAUUCCGUGAGAGCAGAAGUUGCUUACCAGAUCAGGAGACUGAAAUCUCAUCCCUCUAUCAUCAUAUGGAGUGGCAAUAAUGAAAAUGAAGCGGCCCUGAUGAUGAACUGGUAUCAUAUCAGAACUGUCGACCUACAAACCUACAUCAAUGACUAUGUGACGCUUUACGUGAAAAACAUCAGAGAGAUGGUCUUGGCAGGAGAUAAGAGUCGUCCUUUUAUUAUAUCCAGUCCUACAAAUGGGGCUGAAACCAUCGCAGAAGGCUGGGUAUCGUGCAACCCUUAUAGCAAUUAUUUUGGAGAUGUACAUUUUUAUGACUAUUUCAGUGAUUGCUGGAAUUGGAAAGUUUUCCCCAAAGCUCGCUUUGCAUCUGAAUAUGGGUAUCAGUCCUGGCCUUCCUUCAGCACAGUAGAAAAGGUCUCAUCUAAAGAGGACUGGUCUUUCAGUAGCAAAUUUUCACUUCAUCGACAACAUCACGAGGAUGGUAACAACCAAAUGCUUCAUCAGGCCCGACUUCAUUUCAAACUCCCGCAAAGCACGGAUCCAUUACGCGCAUUUAAAGAUACCAUCUACCUUACUCAGGUGAUGCAGGCUCAGUGCGUCAAAACAGAAACGGAAUUCUACCGCCGCAGCCGCAGUGAGCUAGUGAACCAGGAGGGGCACACCAUGGGCGCGCUCUACUGGCAGCUGAAUGACAUCUGGCAGGCCCCUUCCUGGGCCUCUCUGGAAUACGGAGGAAAGUGGAAGAUGCUUCAUUACUUUGCUCGUCAUUUCUUUGCUCCACUGUUGCCAGUUGGCUUUGAGGAUCAAAAUGCGUUCCACGUCUACGGUGUGUCAGACCUUCACUCAGACCAUAGGAUGACGCUCACUGUGAGAGUCCACACGUGGAGCUCCCUGGAGCCCUUGUGCUCUCUGGUGACUAAAGGUUUUGUGAUCAGAGCAGGAGAGGCCGUCCUCCUCUAUAAGGAGCCAGUGUCCUCAUUGCUGAGGAGAUGUGGGAAUUGUACUCGGGAAAGCUGUGUGGUUUCCUUUUACCUUUCAAAUGACCUUGAACUCUUGAGCCCAAUCAACCAUCACUUCCUGUCCUCACUGAAGGAGGCUGUGGGGCUCCGCCCAGCACAUAUCACUGCCGUCAUCUCUCAGCAAGGUGACACAUUUGUUUUUGAUCUGGAAACCUCAGCUGUCGCUCCCUUUGUUUGGCUGGAUGUAGGAAGCGUCCCAGGGAGAUUUAGCGACAAUGGCUUUCUCAUGACUGAGAAGACUCGAAGUAUAUCAUUUUACCCUUGGAAGCCCACAAGCAAGAGUGAAUUGGAGCAAUCUUUUCAUGUGACUUCCCUGAUAGACAUUUACUGAGGGAAUCCAGGUUGUGUUUUCAGUGGGCACUGGGAAUAAACCCUGUCCGAGGCCCUGGCUGACGAGGAAGGCAGCCAGAGGCAAGUCGCAGAAGCUGAGAGGAACAUCUGCCGGAGCCCUGCUCAGACAGUCACUCUGGUGAAGAGUGUGUCCCCUGAUCACUCUCAGGGAAGGGCUGUUAAUGCAGCUGAAGUCCUUAAGCCUCAGCCUGGGUGUCCUUGAAUUUGUGCCAGACGGCCUUUUAGCCCUUUACCUCCCACCUUUAGUGGCACAGGAUCCAACUGUCAUCAGGUGGCCCCUCAGGGAGUCACAGGAAUGUGACCAUGGCAGGAUCUGUGGAACCAAAUGGAAGGUUUUCAAGGUGAUUUAGGCCUUUCAUUUUGAACUGGAGAAAUACUGAAUACUAAAAAGGAAGUGCUUUGUUACUAUAUCUAGAGGGAAUGGAGGUUCAAAUUGCAUAAUAGAGAUUUCUUGGUGGUAGCCAUGUUGAUAGUUGAGGGGAUCGGUGUUGCAUUUGAUUACUUUGGGGGUAUGAUUCUUUUUCAUUUGUAGGCUUUUUUUUAUAUAUAAAAUAUUGUGUUUUGCAGUUUCUGACUGGAGCUGGGUUUGAACCCACCACCUCCAGUAUAUGGAGCCAGCACCCUACUCCUUUGAGCCACAGGCACUGUUCACAAAAUAUUGUUUUAACAAUACCAACUUUUUUUUAAAAAAAGAAAAAGUCUGUUAGAGUGAUCCAUCUUUGACAAAUAAGCUCACAUUGAAAUGGAUGUCACUGUGGUCAUUUUGAAAAUUUUGGGGGUGUCCUGCCAUUGGUCAUCACCUGUGAUGGUGUGCGGCUUCAGAUUUAGAUAAAUCCAAUGAGCUUUCUAAUUUAAAGCCUGUGAAUUAGAUUUAAACUUGUUGAUCUCGGCAGCAAAGUGGCAUUCCCUUUAGCUUGGCUUUAAAUCACUUCAUUUAUAUUAUUAUAAAUUGCUAGGAAAUGAUUUUAUUAUACAUUAUCACAUUUAUAAAAUCACAUUGAUAUAAAGCAAGUGGGGCAGAAUGUCAAUAACUAGCUAAUUUGGGUAAAGGUAUGUGAGUUUUCUUUCGUAUUCCUUUUCCAGUUUUCCUAUCAGUUUGAAAUCAUAUUGAAAUAAAAGUAACACAAACUGCAUUGACAACUUGGCUUAACCAUUCUAUGAACAUUUGGUUGGGCCAUUUGCUGUGUGGACACUGAUUUCCAAUUAACUCUGGUUAUUAUUCUCCUUGAUAAACUGGGAGUGUUUGAAGACUCUGUACUAAGAUAUUUGAGAGGCUUUCUCUAAAGAUCGCAUAAUUGAUUAUGGAAUGGGCCAGCCAUGAGUGUCGGCUUUAACAUUGAGUUGAAAUGUUGAAGGAAGACGAGGCCCAAUGGAGAGAAACAACAUUGAAACACCGUGUUUACAAGAGGAAGGGCUUUAUUUCAGCGGUGGAAUUUGACGGCACAGAAGAAUUCAAAAUGUACACCCUCCCAGAUUGGCUCAGGCUCUCUAGUCAAAAAGUUCUGGCCUAUGGUACUGUUCUCAUUGGUCAGUUUGAAUCAAGCUUCCCAAGGUGACAUCAGAACCACAAGAUAGGCCUGUCCCAGGGCUCGGGUUUUUAUAGAAGCGGAAGCAAGCCUUAGUUUCUAGGUUCCAGAAAGUUAAGUUUCUACAAAUUCCAAGCUGAGUCACCAUGGGGAGGAUCUCACAGGUGUAUCCUUGGGAUCUCCUUGAGAAGACUUCUGUUCUCUUAGACCUUACUUUUUCCGGGUAUUCUCUCUCAAUUCAAUGAAAGUUUUGGUUUAAAAAAUGAAAAACAUUAGGCUCCAGUGACUCUUAAGAGGAAAAUAAAGGCAGACAAGCCAGUCCUCUCCUCCAGCAUCUUAAGUUUCCUCAUUUUAUGUGUUACACACGAAGCUUUAUCAAGGAUUGGAACUUAGUGAUGUGACUCAAAACAUUCUUACUUGUUAUAUAUUAUUUUCUUGUAACUAUUGAAAAUCCUGUUUCAUAAAACCAUUCCUGGGGACAGGGAGGACACUGCUCUUCUUUUUAGGCAUGUUUUACCAGUUGCCCUGUGAAGUGGGUUUUAUAGCCGAUGGGAAGGAAUUUACAUUGCAAUUCUGUCUUUACUAGCUCUGCAAACUUAAUCAAGUUAUUUAACUUUUAUGUUCAGUUUUCCUGUGCUAAAAUGGAACUAAUAGUACCCACCAUGCAAGUUGAUUUUGAAGAAUAAAUAAAAUAAUUUAUCUAAAGGGCUGGGUCUUAUGCCAGCACUUAGUGAAUGCUCUGUAAA